GGCACAAGGUUGUUUUUUAACCGGAAAAGAAAUGUUUAAAAACGGCUAUUUAAAACCGUUGAUAGCUUUAGUGCUUUUAGCUAAUUUAGCUUUAGCCGCAGUAGUGCCUGCGGAGAAGGACCACCAGGAUCAACCCAUGCGUUAUGAUAAUUAUAAAGUUUAUAAAGUGAAAAUUGAGAAUGUGGAAGAAUAUAAUCAGUUAAUGGCCCUGGAAAGUGAAUUGCAGCUGGAUUUCUGGAGCGAAGUUCAUAAUUAUGGCGAGUCAUGUGAUGUAAUGGUGAAACCUGAUCUACAACAGAAGUUUGAAGAGAUUUUACAGAAAUCUAUGAUUGUUUAUGAAGUUAAAAUUCAAAAUGUUCAAAGUCUCAUAGACAACGAACAACCCAAAACUAGAUCUUCUUCAACCAGCAUGGAUUGGGAAAACUUCCAUACUCUAGAUGAAAUCUAUGAAUGGUUAGAUUUAAUUGUCAAACGUUAUCCCGAUAUAGUAACACCCUUCGAUAUUGGCCACUCCUAUGAGGGACGUUUAAUUAAAGGCAUUAAAAUCUCCUAUAAACCCGGUAACAAGGCUGUGUUCAUAGAGUCCAAUAUUCAUGCUAGAGAAUGGAUUACUUCUGCCACGAUAACCUACAUUAUUGAUGAAUUGUUGGUGCCUCGAAAUCCAGGUGUAAGAAAAAUCGCUGAAAGUGUGGACUGGUGGAUAAUACCGGUAUUGAAUGUUGAUGGUUUUGUAUACUCGCAUGAAGUGAACCGUAUGUGGCGUAAAUCUAGAUUGCCCUCUGAUCCUACUGGCAAAUGUAUUGGCACCGAUUUGAAUCGUAAUUUUGAUUUUCUAUGGAUGUUAACUGGUGCCUCUUCGGAUCCCUGCUCGGAAACCUAUGCUGGUCCCUCAGCUGAAUCUGAUCAAGAAAUUAAACAAAUGUUGCAAUUUAUUAAUACUACCAUACCAGAAGACACUAUUAAGAUUUAUAUUUCAUUGCACUCGUAUGGCCAAUAUGUUUUGUCGCCCUGGGGCCAUACUGACACCGAAUUUCCCGAACAUUAUGACCAAAUGAUGCAUGUGGCCAAGGGCUAUGCCGAUGCUUUAUAUCGCAGAUAUAAUACCGUAUUUACUUAUGGUUCAAGUGCCACUACUUUAUACAAAGUUUCGGGCUCUGGCAAGGAAUGGGCUUACGGCGUUAAGGGCAUUCCUAUUCCUUAUACCAUUGAAUUGCGUGAUAAGGGUGAAUAUGGUUUUGUUUUGCCUCCAGAAAUGAUUUUGCCAGUGGCUAAAGAAGUUUUAGAUGGUUUUGUGGGUAUGAUUAAUGCAGCUCAGGAAAUUAAUAUUGUAUAAAUUUUACUCUUAUAUGUAAUUAUUAAUAAAGAAACGAUUUUAUAAAC